AUGAGUUGUCCGCCAGCGUCCGUCACUUACACUCUACCGGGAGUAAUGCACUAUUUGCAAGCGGAAUUCACCAGAAAUGAACGGGAUCGCUUGGGCUGGGAACUGGAAAGAAGUGAAAUGAAAACCCGCAUUGCACAGCUAGAAGGCGAGAACAGAACUCUGCGGUAUGAAUUGGCCAAAACGAAAGACGCAGAAAGCUCGAGCGGCGCGAAAACGAUCGAUUCGUCUAUCCAGGAACCGCUCCUGCUCAAAUCGAAACUUGCAGUCCAGGAAAAUGUUAAGGAGAUUGUCUAUCUUCUACGGAGUCCUAACAUCACAGAGCAGCUACACGGGCUACGGGAUACUAGAGACACGGUGCAUAGUCUCGAGAGUUUGAAUUUGAACUCCAAGAAUUCACCAAUACCCUUACAGGUGUCACAACAGGAACCCUUGCAACAACAUACGGACGGCCAAGACCAGCAGGGCCAAGGAUCAAAUAAGCUGCGUCAAGCACCAGUUGGCUCUUUUUCGCAAGACGCAUCUGCGCAGGCCAGACACGUGGAAAAGCCUGUAGAUGCUGCAAGGGAUGCGUCCUCCGAGCAUGGCUCAGAUGCGGGCACCAUCGUCCCAGAAAAAUCAUCGGUUGGCAGACCGAGAGCAUCUUCACUUUUCUCUUCAAGUCCAGGCAGCCCCGUUGUCAACACGGUUCUGCGUUGCAAACGUCUAAGGUAUCAUUUGGCGGGGAUCGAGAAACUCGCAAUUUCCCAGUACAACAUGCUUUCGUAUGCGAGAGACGGUCUUUUAAAGCAUUGGAUGAUUGAACCGAAUCUGAACUGUAAUGAAAAACUGACAAAAAGUUUCCAUGGUCUUGGGCCUAUGGUAUUGAACAUAUUCUGGCUGGAUAAUCAGAGCUUUCUAACCGUCGACAACUUUGGGUUAAAAGUGUGGCAGAUCGCGGAAAGUGCGCCGCUCACCACAAUGGAUGUAUUCACUGACGAAGCUAAGGUGAUCUUUGCAGACAUACGAAGUGUGGACUUCAAAAACAAAUGGUUGGUGCUCACGACCAGCGACGCGGUUCACAUAUGGGAACUUUCGAUAACCGCGGAUUCUAUUAAGAUUGUCAACACCAACAGGCUUGAAAACUUGGGACCUUUACUCGACUCUAUUUUAGGAAUGACGGAGAAAUCAUUGAUCAUAUUUAAACAAGAGCCUUUUGAGUUGGUGAUCUAUACCUUUCAAGGUGAAAGUCUACAAAAAAUCAGUUUACAAGAGGAAAUAUCUGCGGCCUUCAAAGAUUCUGGUGUAACGGAUGAUUUCUGUCGUCGAUUGCUACUGAACAAACAAAGCUCUAAACUUCUGAUCCAAUUGGGAGAAACCAUUGCGGUGUACUCGUUUGAUCGCAGAAAGAUUAUUUUCGCUACCCGAUUAGAAACGGCUCCUACAAGCAUUUUGUUCCGCUCUGCCAAAGAUGACUUGAUCAUUGCUUUCGAUGAUGGCACCAUAGAGAUCAGAAAUAUAGCCAAUUUUUCAACUGUGCUGAAGUCCUAUAACCAUUACGACGACGAAACCGAGUAUGAGGAGGAGAGUCUCAAGUUCAAUGCACCAGAAAAGAAGGGUGGCGAUGAGACGCUUGCACAACUGCGGCAGAUUGGGCACAAAGGUUUGAUAAUUGACACAGCAGACAUAGAUUCCACAACACUUAUUAUUUCGGGAGGGGACGAUGGUAUGAUCAGACUCGAGAGAGUUAUAGAUUGUAGCUAA